AUGUUUCACCACCAUCAUCAAUCUCACAAUGUCAACUCUAAUAUUGAUAUGUAUUCAACUCCAAUAAGGGGUGAAAGUUUAGAUGAAAAUGAGAUGGAGUAUGAUGAUGAUGAUGAUGAUGAUGAUGAUGAUGUUGAUGAAAAUCAAGGAAAUGAUCAAGAUGUUCAAUAUGGUAAAGAUGGAGGAAAUUCUGUUCAUCAUGUUGAUGCUAGUCUUUACACGCAACCAUCAUUUCAAGAUCUAGUUUCACAAUUUGGUUCACCACCGAGCUUCACUCAAUUGGUUCAACCAUCUCAACAGCUACCUAAUAAUAAUGAUGAAGCCCCUAUACAUUCAAAGAAAAGUUGGGAUUUGAUUGAAGAUAUUGCUCUCAUAUGUUCAGUCAUGAACACAAGUACAGAUCCAAUUGUGAGCACCAACCAAAAGAUAAGAGUGAGGUGGCAGAAAGUUAAGGAAGCUUAUGAAGCAGCGAGGAUGGAACGACCCCAUCUGAUCCCACGAAGAACCGCCGACAUGCUUAAAUGUCGUUGGGGUAGAGUUGCUCCAGCAUGUUUGAAGUGGUCUGGAAGUUAUGAUGAGGCUGUUAGGAGGAAGAAGAGUGGCACGACAGACGAAGAUGUGCUUAAAGAAGCGCAUUUAAUCCAUCAAAGAAAACACGGUAACUUUAACUUGAUUGAGCAAUGGAAAAUUUUAAGAAAGUAUAACAAGUGGAAGCAAGUGGUAAAAACUAAUCAAAAAAAACAAUUGGAUCAACAACCAACUGAUGAUGUUAGUAGUAAAAGUAGUGGGAAAAGAUCAAGGACCGAAGAAGAUUCUGAAACUCCAACAAGUGAACCUCAAGGAGGAUCAUCCACGCGCCCCGAGGGUGUGAAGAAGGCUAAGGCUCGCAUGACAGGGAAGAUGGUCGCAGAUCAAUCAAUUCAAGCUUUGAGUGCAUUUGGAGAGAAAUAUCGAAUGAAUUGGGAGAUCUAUGAAUCAUUAAGCAAAAAGGAAACUCUUCAGCCAUGGGAAGCUGAUAUGAUGGUUCAACUCGGACAAUACCUUCAGAAUUACAAUCGUCAGUAG